GUAAAUGUCAAAUAAAAGAGAAACCCCUUCACAUGUAUAUAAAAAUCACACAAACUUUCCCACUUAUACCAUUUGAUUUUUGAACUUUACGACUCAGGACAAAAAAAAAAAACCCAAAGACGCCAUUUUUUUCCUUUCCUAAUUUACAGAGAGAAAGCAAAGAGACAACCCACGAUCCGCCAUAGCUGUACAGAUCCCCACAAGAGAAGAAAGCCCUAAUCAUGCCUCCAGGUGCUAAGAAAAGAAAAGCCGCUAAGAAAAAGCAGGAACAAGCAUCUUCUACUCAAAUCAAUCUCAAAUCCAACAACCAAGCUGUUGUUCCAGUCUGGUCUUUUAAGGUUCUUGAUUCUAUGGAUGAAUCGAGAAGCCAAAACGAAAGGGAGAGUGAUGAUGGUGUUAGUUCCCAUGAAAACUACAAGAAAGCAGGAUUCACCGAGGAAGAUGCUGUCAGAAUCGAAAAGGAACCCGAAGAGAUCACUGAUUCAAGCCAUGAUCACGACAAGAGCUCUAGCAGCAGCAGCAGUAGCAGCAGCAGCAGCAGCUCGGAUGAUGAAUCCAAGGAAGUCAAGAAGAAAGAUGAUGAUAAGGAGGAGACUGGAGAUUCGGUUUCUGAAGCUAUCGCUGUGAGUUCUGUGCCAAAUCAACCUAUUCCAGUUGCUGGAGAUGCUCCGUUUAUGGGGUCUACUGCUAAUGUGAUUGUAGAGUCUACCGGUUUGAUGGAUUCAGCUACAUAUAGCGAUCCAAACCCUGAGAAAACGAUUGAAAUCUCGCCAAUCUCAAACGUGACUCCUUUGCCUAAACCUACUGAGAUUGCCGCUGAAGCUUCUUCAGGUGCAACAUUGCCACUUUCAGAUGCCAACGAUGUUCCUCAAGGCAGAACAGAGUCUGAAGUUGUCAUUUCUCAUGAGGAAGAGGCUCCUGUGAGACCAACACAUGGAGUUGCGGAAAGGACCUCAUGGUUGAGUUGUUGUGGCUUGCUUGAUGUGAUGACAGGAUCCAAGUAGAUAAAACUCAGAAACUUGAGUCGCCUGCAAACUCUGAAGCUGCAGAAGGGUGAUCAUGGACAAGGAUUCUCAGUUUUCGUUUUCGUGUACUUGUGAUGAUACAACACGCGAAAAUUCAGUAACUUGGUGAAUAUGUCUCUCUUUCAUCUGAGAACACAAAACACACCUUUUAUUAUAUGAAGUAUAGUACUCAGCUUCUAGUAGUCUUUUAAGCAGACAUGUCUGCAGUUUCUGCUCUUUAUAUAAGUUCUUACAGGUUCUUUUCCCUUUCGCUCUGUACGAUUCCUUGUAUGUUGUUGUUUUUGUUCUCUCGGGUUCUGAGACUUUGAAGACUCUUGUUGGCCAACUUAAUACGAUUUAUGUAUGAGUAUUUUCACUACACAUGAGGUAAUAAUAUCUUUGUCUAGCAUUAGAGUUUUGAAAAGCUGCAUUGCUUGAUUUCAAGAAAACAUAACCAGACUUCACA